AUUUGAUGGAGAGCUCGGUAUGUUAAUGAUGCGCAGCAAAAAGGGCCUUGUGCCUGCCAUCACGCGGCCAACUCCCCGACUAUCUUCUCCAACCUCCCCCUUAGCUUUGCGCCAGAGGCCGCCAUAGAGAGAAGACGCGACCCGAGGACUCCGCACUGGGCUUCCAAGAGGUUGUUGCGCCGCUUUUCCGCCCCGUCCUCGCAGCGCAUCCUGCAGCCUCAGAGUAACGUCUACGAGGGUAACCCCAUCUGUUCACAGCAGCCGUCAUUGCAUUGUCACGAGCCUCGGCGCCGCGUGCCCGCCAGGCACCUCAACCAAGGUAGAGGAGGGUCGCGUAGUGGUGUGCGCCUUGUAUAAACACCGUCCGGCACCUCCGCGCUCCUCUCCAUCAUGCCGGCCACUUCCCCAAACCACCCUUUCGCCUCGCCCAACGCCAUCCCGCCCCGCACAAGCUCCACGGGCAUCCUCAACUUGAACGCGAGCAUCGCCAAGCAACCUUCCAGAACGAGUGUGCUGCGUCCGUUGAGCGAGAUUGAUUGGCUCGGCCAGAGCAAGAAAAGCAAGACGAGCCAUCCGGCGGAUCCUUUGAACGCGCCUGCCGAAAACGUGUCUAUGCAACAACCUCGGCCGCAGACCAUGGCCGCGCAGUUGAACUCGCCGCCCCGCACCGAGCACACCGACAUGGACUCGCCCAUGGACAACACGCAAGCCGGCGCAGACCUCGAAGCCAGCACAAACUACCCAACGCCGCUGUCACCACCCGCUGAACAUGCGAAAGAUAUUGGCGAGGAGCUCAUAUACGGAAAUGGGGUUGCGUGGACAGAGAGCAAGGAGCGCAUAUUACUGGGGCCCUACGACUACCUGUAUGGACACCCCGGCAAGGACAUACGGAGUCAGUGCAUCGCAGCCUUCAAUCUGUGGUUGAAAGUGCCACCAGAGAGACUCGAGAUUAUCACAAAAGUGGUGGGCAUGCUGCAUACCGCGAGCUUACUCGUCGACGAUGUAGAAGACUCCUCCAUCCUCCGCCGCGGCAUCCCAGUCGCCCACUCCAUCUUCGGCACCCCGCAAACGAUCAACUCGGCCAACUACGUCUACUUCCGCGCCCUUUCCCUUCUCCUGUCCAUGAACAACCCCAAACUCAUCGAGAUCUUUACAGAAGAGCUGUUGAACCUGCACCGCGGACAGGGCAUGGAUCUAUACUGGAGGGACACCCUGACAUGUCCGAGUGAAGCAGACUACCUAGAGAUGGUAGGAAACAAAACUGGGGGUUUAUUCAGACUCGCGAUCAAGCUCAUGCAAGCCGAGUCGCAUACAGAUAUUGACUGCACUCCCCUCGUCUCCACAAUAGGCCUACUCUUCCAAAUCCUAGACGACCACCUCAACCUCUCCCCUACAUCAGGCUAUACAACCCUCAAAGGCCUCUGCGAAGACCUCACAGAAGGCAAAUUCAGCUUCCCCGUUAUCCACGCCAUCCGCGCCGAUCCAAGCAACCAGAUCUUGAUCAACAUCCUCAAACAGAAGACUACGGAUGAAGAGGUUAAGCGGUAUGCGCUUAGAUACAUGGAGAGUAAGGGCAGCUUUGAAUACAGUAAGGGUGUUAUUGAGGAGUUGAGGGGGAAGACGGAGGAGCAUGUCAGGAGGGUGGAGAUGGAGUUGGGGGUGGAUGGCAAGGAAGGGGCGGAUGCUUUGAGGGUUAUGUUGGAGAGGUUGGUGCUCAAGUGAGGGAGGUGGAUAUAAUGUCGGCAUGUCAUGUUUUACGAAGCUCACGUUUCAUGAUGGUUGGUUCGUCUGUACGUGUCUUGUCUGUCUAUUUGUUGGGAGAUCGACGGCUUAAUACCCAAUGCCUGUGAAUUUGCAUACAUAUGUACUAAUGGGUUGUGGCUGUAAGAAGUAGUGUACGAUUGUGAAUGUGUAUAGUGAAACAC